ACCUAUGAAUUGGUUAUCACAUAUCUGAUCUAUUGUCAGAAACAAUCAUAUAUUAAAUUUAACACAUUUAUGUAGGAUUAAAACUAAAAAUGGAAGAUGACUUAUCGAAAUGCAUUUCGUUAGCUCUGUACCAAUAUAUGUGUCAAAACAUAGUGGGAUCAGAAAAUUAUGUAAGGACAAUACGAAUGAUGAACACUGUUAGGGACAAUUUAAUUAUCAACGAUGAAUGCGUUCCUAUUACCGGAGGAAGUUUUGGAGAGGGACUUGAUUUACGUGGGGGUGACAUUGAUAUCGUAUAUGCGAACAAAUAUAUCGAGGUUUAUGAAGGUCGGAAAUUCGCUUUUGAUUAUCGCAAAACAUAUUUGAAAAUGGAAACUGAGACAACACAAGCAGGCUACACUAUGUUACAUUGUAUAUUUACUAACAAUAACAACGCAUUGCAAUGCUGUGAGAAGAUAAAUGGGAAAUAUUACUUUUCAAACGCAUUAUUUAAACAAAGGUUUUUACUCGAUCAAAACAUGCUUAUGGUUAUUCAUGGACCUUGCCUUUCGAAUGAACAGGGAGACUAUGACUUUGCACAAGCAUUGCAUAGUAAAUUAUGGAUAUCUGCUGCAAAAAAUUGGAUAACAAGAUCAAAAAACGUAUGGCCAAGUUAUGAAGUCAAGCAUAGUAUUGUAAAACAUGGUGUAUUGUUUGUUCCAGUAGGCUAUAAGGGAUCUCCAAGCGAAGAACUUCAAUGGAGGAUAUCCUUCAAUGUGGGUGAAAAACUAUUAAUCUAUACCUUUACUCAUUCACAACUGCUCUGCUAUUGUCUUUUGAAAAUUCUUCUGAAAGACGUCAUAAAUGAACACAUGGACGUAAAGUAUCGUGAAUUACUCUGCUCUUACUUCCUAAAAACCAUUAUGUUUUGGGUCUCAGAGGAAGUACCACCAUCAAUAUGGAAACCAAGAAACCUGUUAUCUUGCUUUAUGAGAUGUUUUAGCAGAUUGAUUUAUUAUGUCGAAUUUUCCGUUUGUCCGCAUUACUUCAUUCCACAAAACAAUUUGUUUGCGAACAGAAUCAUAGGACAUGCACGCAAGGUUUUGUUAGAAAGACUUUGUUCAUUAUAUAAAUCUGGAUGGGGAUGUUUUAAAUUUUCAUAUUCACUUUUUCUCCCGCGAGUCCGAAGAUUUUAUACUGAGCCUUGUAUGAAAUAUUUAGAAAGAAUUAAAUUAAGUGUGUCUAAUCUAAUUCGAACAGACGCUUCUUUGAUAGACUCAUUUAGUUGUUCAUGUUGUUUACAAGGGGCUAUUACAGGAAUGCAUCCGUUGCUUUCAUAUAAAAAUCCUAAAAUACUGUAUCUUUACAGAUAUAGCAUGUCGAUGUUAUGUACACAAAAAGCCCAAUUGAUACCAUUGAAAUGUAUUGUUGGGAACAAAUACUGCUACAUGAAUUACAAAGCUAUCCAGUAUAAUUUGUUGCAGAAUAUUUACCAUGAUGCUGUAUCUGGUUGGCUUAUGUUAGCUUCGUUUUUCUAUAGGACAGAGCAGUACAAUAAGGCAAUUUAUAUCAUAUCGAACUGUGUUAACGUAAAGUUAUAUCCAAAUUCAGAAAUGAUACAAAAAUACAUUAAAUUGUGUACCGUGAAAUCAUUCCAAAAGAGAUUAUAUCCUUUGUUGAAAAUAGAGAUUUGUAACGUAGUGCGGUUUAAAUCAAAGUCUACGCUUAUACCUCAAGAAUUACAAAUGGAAGUAGAAGACAUAUCACAUUGUUUCCCAUCAACUUCUUACACUCAUUUUCUCCGUUUUCUUUGUCAUUAUCACAUGGUCAAUCUUAUAGAAUGUAAUGAAUCUCUGAGAGAUCUUCAAAGAACUAUAACGAGUUCAGACCGUUUAGACACUCCGACGUCAAAAGCUUUAUCUUUCAUAUGCCUUGGAAUAGGAUUUCAGUUGCUUGGAAAUAAAGAUUCAGCUAGGAAAGCUUUUAAUCAGGCGUUUAAAUUUGAAUCGUUUGGUGUAAAAAAAAUUGCUAAAAAUCGACUAUUGAUGAUACAGUAGUUUUAACAUUACUCUGUUAUAUCAACGUGGUAUGUUUAAAAGUUUAUGAUUUUUACUUCGUAUCAACAUAAGAUUGAAAGUUCAUAUCUGAUUACAGUUAAUGCCAUAUUGAUGUAAAGUUUUUUGCCACUUGUUCUGAUUGUAGGACUGGAAAAUUUGUUCUGUUAUUUGAAGAAAAUCAUCAAAAUUAUCAAAUGCAGACAAAUUAAGGCUUCAUCUAUUGUAUGGACUAUUGUCUAUUGAUAAAAGCUGAGUGAUGUUCCAUAAAUGUCUUGAGUAAUAUCUUUGUGUGGUUUAGUUGUUGUCUUUAAAUGAAUACCCCACAUCUCCUUUUAUACAUAAAAGAACAUAUUUUGUUUUACCUGAAAAAAGUAUAUAUAACGAGUAUACAUUUGUGUGCUUUUUCUUGAACAUUUUUUUUUUGGGGGUUUAUUCUUAGAUUGAUAGUAUACAAAUAAUGGAACUUAAAAGGGAGGGAAAAAAUGAAAAUUGCGUGUCCUUGUUUUUUGGGAUAUAAUCAAUUGAAAAACUGUUUUAUAAACUAUAGCUAGUCUAACAAAUGAAAUGUUAGUUGUAAAUUAAUAGAAAUUAGGAGAUAAAAAUGGAAAAUUCUUAAACAGUGACAAGUGAUAAAAAGUGCAAUAAAAUGGCCAUUGCUUAGAUUAUAUCUAUCGAAUGAGCUGAUUGGUUCUGUUUUAAACAUUGCUUAAUAAAGUCAAUGAUCUAUUCCAGAGCACAUGAGAUCACCCCAAGCUUUUUGUGGGGUUCCUAUUGCGCAGUUUUUAUUUUAUUAUGUUGUGUUUUGUGUACUGUUGUUUGUCUGUUGGUAUCUUUAUUAUUCUAGACAUGGCGUUAUCAAUUUAUUUUCUAUUUAUGACUUUAAAUGUCCCUUUGGUAUCUUUCACCUCUCUUCUAGUCACUUAUAGAAUACAUUGAACAAAACCAAAUAAAGGACAUCAAUAGAAAUGUUUAUGUGUCCUUUGAACUGUAAAAUUGAAAGCAAGAAUAUUAUCAAGGUCACGGUAGGUUAUUAAAUUUGUAGGUCCGAAAAUGUGAUUCCUAACAAUACAGGAACACGUCUGCUAUAAUAGGGGUGCCACAAGUGCCCAUAUGAUUACCCCUAUUCUGAUUUACUUUAAAGCCGAAACUUUUAAAGAUGAGAAAAUUUAAAGUUUGAAUUAUUUCUUUAUAAUUCCAGUAAGUAUAUCUGUUCGAAUACGGAUCUGUGGUAUGACUCCUAAAUAAAACAAUUAUCAAUCAGAUACCCAAUAACGUAGAUAUAAGCAACUACGGGUCACAUUACGGCCUGCAACAAUGAGAAAACCCCAUAACAAGACAAACUAUUAAAUAAUUCAGUCGAAAACACCAACAGUCUGACAAAACCCUAAACGAAAAACAAAUUGACAGACAGCAACCUCUAAAUUACAGGUGCCUGAAUUCGGGCAAACAAUACAGAAUGUGGUGGGGUAAAGACAUGUUUGUGCUCACUCAACCCACCAUUCUACUCCGAUAGUGGCAUAUUAACCUUUUGAUUACAGAAGAAAGCUUACCAAACCAUGAAUAUGAAUUGCAGCAAAAUAAUUUCGAUCGCAAUUUUCGCAUGAAUCAUCAGAUUGAAUCAAAAAUCUUUCUUCGGUAAUAUAGUGUGGGAGUAAAGUGUAGAGAGGUGGACAAAUCAUAACCUUCAACAGCACGUAAUAUAUCUUAAACUGCCAUAUUCGUUCCUUGUUUUUAAUGGAACAACUGUAAAUACGCUAUGUACUAUAAAAUUCGUUCAACAGUAUUGUUAAAUCUAUAUAAACUAAAAUAUUUAAUUACUUAUUAAAAUGAUUGGCCUGCAUUGCCGAUAGACAAUUCUUCCAUUCCGGUUAUCUUGUUUAUAACAAAAAAUAUAAUGGUUGACUCAAGGUUGUUUUUUUCCUUCAUGUUUAUUUGGAACUGUUGACUACAAACAUAAUGUUAAGAACACGUAAACAGCAUUUAUUUUUUGUUAGCCAAAUCAGUAUUACUUUAUUAAAUAUACGUCUAUUUAUAAUU